AUGGCCGAUUCCAAGAAGAAGGGAGCCAAACAGGCCAACGUCACGGUGCCCAAGCUGGUCGGCAUCACGGUGCCCAAGGAGACCAAUUGCGGCCAGUGGUAUGUGGAGGUCGUGCAGAAGGCCGAGCUGGUCGAGUACUACUCUGAGAUCUCCGGAUUUUACAUCCUGCGACCCCCUGCGAUGCACAUCUGGAGUACCCUGAAGAAGUUCUUCCAAUCCAAAAUUGAGGAUAUGGGCGUGCAAGAAGCGAGCUUCCCUAUGUUCUUGUCUGCGACAUCGCUGGCCAAGGUAAGGGGCACAACGACCUGCUUCGACGACGCUGCAGAAGCUGACGCGUCGGAGCACGUCGAAGGAUUCGCCCCAGAGCUGGCAUGGGUUACGAAAGCAGGAGACAAGGACCUUGAGGUCCCUGUCGCCGUGCGUCCCACCUCCGAAGCCGUCAUGUACCCAUACUACGCCAAGUGGAUUCGCUCCCACCGCGAUCUGCCCCUGCGCCUGAACCAGUGGAACAGCGUCGUGCGCUGGGAAGCCAAGCAGACAACUCCUUUCCUGCGCGCCCGCGAGUUCUUGUGGCAGGAAGGACACACCGCUCACCUUACCGAGGAGCUCGCAUCGAAAGAGGUCCUCGAGAUCCUGGAGCUCUACGCUGCCAUUUUUGAGAAGCUGCUGGCGGUUCCCGUGGUGCGCGGCAAGAAGACAGAAGCAGAGAAGUUUGCUGGCGCCAGUUGGACCUCGACCGUUGAGGCUUUCGUCCCAGCGAAUGGACGAGGAAUCCAGGGAGCCACCUCUCAUGCUCUCGGACAGAACUUCAGCAAAAUGUUCGGCAUUACUGUUGAGGACCCUGACAAGAAGGGAAGCCACAUCAACGUCUGGCAGAACUCCUGGGGUCUUUCGACCAGAGUCAUCGGCGUUAUGAUCAUGGUACACGGUGAUGACAAGGGCCUCGUUCUCCCGCCCAAAGUGGCCAACAUCCAAACAGUCAUCAUCCCUGUUGGCCUGAACGCCAAGACGAAGCCUGAGGACAAAGACAAGCACAUGGAGCAGAUCCAGGAGCUGAAGGCGACUUUGCAGAAAGCCGGUGUGCGCGUCCAAGUCGAUGACCGCGAUGGAUACACCCCGGGCUUCAAGUUUUCCGACUGGGAGAUGCGCGGUGUUCCUCUGCGCCUUGAGUUCGGGCUCCGCGAUGCCGCAGCUUCCGUUGUUGUGACGUCUCGACGUGACAACGGUGAGAAGGGAACCAUCCCGCUGGCAGAGCUGGCCACCGAAGUCCCAGCCCUGCUCGAGAAGAUUCAAGAUGAUAUGUACACCAAGGCGGCGACUACCUUCGAAUCCCGUCGCCUCAAAUUGACGGAGUGGGACCGUGUCGUCCCUGCCCUCGACAGCCGCAACGUUGUCAUCAUUCCGUUCUGCGAGGAGAUCAAGUGUGAGGACCGCAUCAAGGAGCUGACCCGCAGCGAGGACCAAGAGGAUGAGAACGGGCGCAAGAUGCCAGGCAUGGGCAUGAAGAGUCUGUGCAUUCCAUUUGCUCAGCCUGAUGGCCUCGUGGCUGGCGAGACAAAGUGUCUGAACCCCGAGUGCCAGGGACUGGCCAAGUCGUGGACCAUGUUCGGGCGUAGUUACUAG